ACAGUAGCAGUGUUGGCAUUCCAGCGCUGCUAGAUGCCACAGAAAUCACAGCCUGUCUCCGUAGAGAAUCUCCUUACGAUGCGAUGCGGGGCCUCGAAAAGGCAUACUAUAGAAAAUGUGCGGCUUUCCACUUAGUUUUAACUGCAGUUGUUGCAUAGUUUCAGUAAUCAAACUGCUGUAAGGAAGAUACCUUAAUCUAGGUAAAUUCAAGUAAACCUUUAGACUUCUAGGUUUAAUUAUGAGGGAGAUGAAAACACAGCAGUGAAAAGGUUCAGUGUGUCAGAAUGCUUGUAGUGUUGGGGACAGUGCACAUAAAGUGACUUCUUACCUUUGCUUUAUCACAGAGACUUUGGAUUGCAGUUCUCUAGCACGGAGUAAAACUGGCUGACACCAUCACUCGCACUUUGUGUGCUUGACAGAGAGCUGUUAGGAUGGGAAAUAGUGCACUAAAAGCCCACCUGGAGACAGCACAGAAAACUGGUGUGUUUCAGCUCACAGGAAAAGGGCUUACUGAGUUUCCUGAAGAUCUGCAGAAGCUAACAAGCAACUUAAGGACAAUAGACUUGUCGAACAACAAAAUAGAGCUCCUGCCACCACUCAUUGGAAAAUUUUCCUUUUUGAAGAGCCUUGCUCUAAACAACAACAAACUAACUGCUUUACCUGAGGAGCUGUGUAAACUGAAAAAACUGGAAACACUUCACUUGAAUGGCAAUCACUUGAGGCAGCUACCGGCUGCAUUUGGACAACUUUCAGCUCUCAAAACCCUGAGCCUUUCUGGAAACCAGCUUCGGACUGUGCCUACACAGCUCUCUGGUCUUCGCCAUUUGGAUGUGGUAGAUCUUUCAAAAAACCAGAUCCAAAAUGUCCCCGACACCGUGGGAGAACUGCAGGCUAUCGAACUCAAUUUGAAUCAGAAUCAGAUUUCCCAGAUCUCAGUGCAGAUCUCCCACUGUCCACGCCUCAAAGUCUUGCGUUUAGAAGAAAACUGUCUAGAACUCAGCAUGCUGCCUCAGAGUAUCCUCAGUGAUUCCCAGAUCUCACUGCUUGCAGUAGAAGGCAACCUCUUUGAAAUCAAGAAACUCAGAGAACUGGAAGGUUAUGACAAGUACAUGGAACGAUUUACAGCUACAAAGAAGAAGUUUGCAUGAUCACUAUUCUGACCCUGUAUAUUACCAGUAAGAAGACAUAGAAUCGAAGCAUCUGCUUCACUGACUUGAACCAAGACUGAUGAAGGAAAUAAUCAGAGUACUCCUCUUGUAGUAGUCUGAAACAGCCUGUUAAGACCACAUUGAAUAAACUUGAACUAGAGAAUAUAGGUAUUGAACUGAUGAACCUGCCCAGGGGCCAGUUUUGAUUUUAGUGCCACAAUAGCUUUUUAACAUACUACAUGUUCUCCUUUGUCAGGGCUUGUUCUUUCACAGAGAAAGGGAACAAGCAUUUCAAAGUUGCCAGUUCCCUUUUGUCAGGAAGCUGGCUGUUGAUUUGUAAGAGGAUUAUUUCUUCUGGAAACAUUUUUCCAUGAUAGCACAUGGAAGUUCUACCACUAAUGCACUGUAUGUCUUGCAGUAAGCACUGUUAUGCAGAGAAGAACUUUUACAAAUGAGAUUUUAGUUGAUAACCUGUGUUAGUUGUUUUUGGUUUUUUUUAAUGAAGCACAAAUAGAUGUGAUUAAGUUAAAUGUUUUAUUAACAGCUUCCAGUAAACAAAUUGUGGUUUGAGCAUCCUUCAUUUAUAUUUUAAACUACAGGCUUUCUUUUCCCAUAAGCAAGAAUUGCACUACAGUCCAGUUUUGCUUGAGCUGUAUGAAAUAAAAAUCAGGUUCAUCUUCAGUGUAUUCAGUAAAAAUGUAUAUUGCUAGAAAAUAUAAUAUCCUUGCACUGACUCCUUGUGUACAGAGCAAUGCUGAAGGUUUUAGUUGUCAGCCCAUUGCUGCUGCCUUAUUACCAAAAGCACCUAGAAAGAGCUAAAAAUGUAUGCAAUUAUGUAACUUAUACUGAAAAGGAAAAUGUACUUGUAUAUUUUAGUAAAUUAUUUUCAAAAAAUCAGUUCAAGUUUAUUUGGUGUAACUUGUCAUUUUUUUAAGUAGUACAAAGAUGUCACUGAAAGCCCUCACUUAACUACUUGAGUCUGUUGUUGGUAACAGCUACACUUCAACAUUACACCCAUAAUUAUGAUUAAAAAUAAGUGGUUCUUUUGUGAGAUGCUCAGAGAGGUAUUUAUUUCCUUGACCCUGUUGCCAUCUUAUUUCAGUUCUUACAUAGUAAUACCUAGAAGAAGAGUGUUUUAGGGGACAUCAGCUCCUUAUUCAAAGGAUGGAUGUGAUUCAUCAUUUAACAGGGAACCAUUUCUACUUAUUCUUUAAUAAAAAAAUCGACUAGCUUCUUGACAGAAGUAGCUGACAGCUGACCAUGUUUAUGAGUCUACUUUGUUUUGCAAGGCAUACAGUGAAGUGCUUUAAGAACACUUAUGUCUUACCAUGAUGCAAAGCCCUGUAUAGUCAGAAAUCUAUUCAACUUCAUACUAAUGGAUUCCACUGAUUAAGACACGCAAACUGAGUAGUGAAUAAAGCCUCCACACUUGUUCUAAAUUUUAGCUCCUUGUACUUGAUACCUAAAUCCCAUUUGAAGUACUAUUUUGUUUGUUUUUUUUCCUAGAGCUUUGCUGUGCAUGAGACAUCAACAGAACAAAUUAGCAGUUAGCAGAUUCCCCCUUUGCAUUCACCAAAGGAGUAGUCUAUCAUCAAUAUGUAUGCACUUGGCAAUACUGUGCUGUGGUACCAUUUUGGUUGUACAAUUUUUUACUGAAAGUAUCUGCACUCAGAGGUGCUGCUUCUCUCAUUGAA